AUGUGGCGCAAACGAGACGUCAGUUGUGCAGCUGUGUGCGCACUUCUAGUUGCGCUCCUCUUGACGCAAACAGAGGCUUCGAGUUUGAGAAAAACUGAAAGAAAAGAAGCGACAGAGACUACAAGCAUCCGAAAAGGAAUCAUCGUGUUUGGAGAAGGCCCUAACAAUGUUUCCUUGGAUGGUGACACCGCCUCUUACCAAGCCGACUCUCCAGGAAUUCUAAACCAUUGGCAUCAGAUGCACGCUUCACUGGGGUGUGGACAAGCAGGUUUUAUGAAAUUCAAAGCUUUUGGACCGCUGGUAAAGCACUUUUCACUGGGCCAGCAGCCUCAAUCCUGUCAGUACAAUGCUCAUAGAACUCCGUUUGGCUACUCCGUGACUAUUCCCUUUAAAGGGUGUUGUCUUGUUUAUGAGGAUGGAAGCAACAAUUUCCCAAUAAAUUGGCAUGGAGUCCCAUUAACUCUGAAGUGCCCCAAAACUCCAGAUGGCAAUCCAACUGCAGAUCCUCAUCCCACCUGGCCCACUCAUCCCACCUGGCCCACUCAUCCCACCUGGCCCACUCAUCCCACCUGGCCCACUCAUCCCACCUGGCCCACUCAUCCCACCUGGCCCACUCAUCCCACCUGGCCCACUCAUCCCACCUGGCCCACUCAUCCCACCUGGCCCACAACUGCAGCUCCUCUUCCUUAUUCAGCUAUUGAGAAAGUCCGACGCGUGAGAACCAUGUGGCGCAAACGAGACGUCAGUUGUGCAGCUGUGUGCGCACUUCUAGUUGCGCUCCUCUUGACGCAAACAGAGGCUUCGAGUUUGAGAAAAACUGAAAGAAAAGAAGCGACAGAGACUACAAGCAUCCGAAAAGGAAUCAUCGUGUUUGGAGAAGGCCCUAAUAAUAUUUCCUUGGAUGGUGACACCGCCUCUUACCAAGCCGACUCUCCAGGAAUUCUAAACCAUUGGCAUCAGAUGCACGCGUCACUGGGGUGUGGACAAGCAGGUUUUAUGAAAUUCAAAGCUUUUGGACCGCUGGUAAAGCACUUUUCACUGGGCCAGCAGCCUCAAUCCUGUCAGUACAAUGCUCAUAGAACUCCGUUUGGCUACGCCGUGACUAUUCCCUUUAAAGGAUGGCAAUCCAACUGCAGAUCCUCAUCCCACCUGGCCCACUCAUCCCACCUGGCCCACUCAUCCCACCUGGCCCACUCAUCCCACCUGGCCCACUCAUCCCACCUGGCCCACUCAUCCCACCUGGCCCACUCAUCCCACCUGGCCCACUCAUCCCACCUGGCCCACUCAUCCCACCUGGCCCACUCAUCCCACCUGGCCCACUCAUCCCACCUGGCCCACAACUGCAGCUCCUCUUCCUUAUUCAGCUAUUGA